AUGCAUCCAGAGCCUUUGCUCAACUCCACACAGAGUGCUCCCCACUAUUUCCCAGACAGCUGCCAAGCGGCCCCUUUCUGCUUUACCCAGAGCCUGACUCCAGGAUCACCUUCGGAUUCCUCCAGUCGCUCUGGCUCCUUUGACUACAGUUACUCACCUGCUCAGCUGCCUUCCUGUGCUCCGGAGAAUUACACCUCGCCGGCUUCCCUAGAUGCCCUAAACCAUGGCUGCCCCGCAGAGGACUACUCCUACCACCAUUUUCCCACGCCUGCCCAGUACAACUACUUUUCCCCCACCACCCCUUCCGUCUGCUACUGCGCAUCCUGCGAGGCAGAGCACUUGGAUGCCCUUAGAACAGCAGAUUACUUCUACUCUAGCACAGACUGUGUGGACUUUGCUCCCUCAGAAGCCACCACUAGUGAUUUCUAUAAGAGAGAAACAAACUGUGACAUUUGCUAUAGUUAG